AUGUACCCACCCAUUUUUUAUGGGCAAGGUGACCCGACCCUAGCAGAAGAUUGGAUUCAAGACAUCGAAGAAAUAAUUCGCAUCCUUAAUUGUAUUGGUGAGCAGAAGUUAUUGUACUCUGCCUUUAAGCUAACCGAAGAGGCUAAGAGACGGUGGAUAUCAGAGAGAACCAUCAGGAAAACUGAUGGGAGUGGAGUGGUUAGUUGGCCUCACUUCAAGCAGAUUUUCUUUGACCGUUUCUUUCCAAGAUCUGUCAGGGAUGGUAAGGCCAAAGAGUUUGCCGACUUAGUGCAGGAGACUAUGACGAUGCACCAAUAUGUGGCCAGAUUUGUUAAACUGUCGCGCUUUGCCUCAUAUCUAAUCCCAGAUGAGGAAAAGAAGAACCGGAAGUUUGAAGAGGGCCUGAAUAACUGGAUAUAUAAGCGAGUAGUGGCCCUUCAGAUAUAA